CUGGGUAAUAAUGUACGCUCGUUUGGCCUGGCAAGAUCGGACAUGUAUCCACCUAAUUUACCGGUUGCACUGAUGUCCAUUUGGGUAUAAAUUUACCCCCAUUACUAAAGUGGAGAACACAUCAGUUUUGCAUGGACUUCAGAGACAAAGUGCUGUCCGAGCUCUGAGAGAUUCAUAUCUCACCAUUUGCCCACAGUGUUUCCCAAGUGUAGUGAAUCUAUGAGAUUUAAGGUCUACACAGCAUUUAAUCUUGGUUGGAGCAGCUUGCAAAGAACGUUUGUGAGGCCUGAGCAGCAACAUCUUAAGCAUUACACUUCGGCCUACCGGGAUGCCAAGUGUCCUUCUGAUAGUGGCUUAGGUAGACGUGGUACUGCAUUACCAAAGUCUUAUCUAGGAAAUACACUCUCAUCCAAAUUUGAAACUGAACAUAAAGGGGGUAUAGUCUUUUUUCAAUCCUUUUUAAACCCUACUGCCCUUUCUUCUACUUUGGGAAAGACAUUUGCUUCAGUAAUGGAUGACGAGAAAUCCUUCAUGGUAGACUAUGCACGGCUUGGGACGUCAAAAUGCAAGAAAUGCAAGCAGGGGAUCGAGAAGAAGUCGCCUAGGAUCGCCAAGCUCUCAACGAAUCCUUUCAGCGAUGACGGAAGCAUGAUGAAGAAUUAUUUCCACAUCAACUGUGUGUUUGAGACGUUCGUCCGGGCGAGAGCUACGACGAAGAAGAUCGAGGACCCGAGCGACUUGGAUGGGUUUGAGAAGAUGGAGGAAGAAGAAAAGAAGUUGAUCAGGAAGAAUAUUGAAGAACUGUUAUCAAGAGUCAAGACACCCAAGAAAACACCAGCCAAAAAAAAAGCCACAGUACAAAGCGUCCUCUCACCGGGCGGACAAGUUGUAUCCUCGUCUAAACAACCGAAACCCAGUACAAGUCAACCCUCCUCCUCUCAUCACACAUCAGCAGCAGCAUCGUCCUCCUCAUCCACCCCCUCACCCACCCCCUCUAAGACCUCCUACCAGGGGGACGGCAGUGACCCCAAGCAUCCAGACAAUUCAUUCCGAGAGUACCGCAAGCUCUGUGCCCGCAUCGCCGACAUCUCCGGCCACCAUGCUAAAACCAAAGUCGUUGCCGCGUACCUCAAGCGUGGCGCUGAUGGAGAUACAUUCAGUGGGGAUCCGUACCUUGUUCUCAAGUUGCUUCUACCCGGCGUAGUGAAGAGAGUCUACAAUAUCAACAGCAAACAACUGGUUAAGCUUUUCAGUCAGAUAUUUGGAACAGACCUGGAUGAGAUGGUUACUGACCUAGAGCAAGGAGAUGUCUCAGAGACGGUGAGGAAGUUUUACGAGGAGAGCAAACACACGCCCCCGAUCAAGAAGAGUGUUCUCAGUAUCUACGAUGUGGACAAGUUUCUAGACAACAUGUCCAUGAUGACAAAGGAACUCGAACAGCAGAGGGAGCUUGCCAAGAUCACCGGCAAAUGUACGGCCAACGACCUCAAGAUGGUGGUCCGUCUUCUGAAACACGACCUUCGCAUCAGCUCUGGAGCAAAGCACAUACUUGACGCUCUGGACCCCAACGCAUAUGAGGCCUUCCAAGCCUCAAGGGAUCUCCUGGAUGUCGUCAGUCGUGUCCUCGCCAACCAGAAGGCCAGCAACGGAGUGCCGGGCAUGACAAAGAAGCUGAGUGUCAGGGCCGCUCUCAUGACACCAGUCUUACCCAUGCUGGCUGAGGCUUGUAAGUCAGUCGAGAUGGGCAUGAGGAAGUGCCCCAACGGCAUGUACGCGGAGAUCAAGUAUGACGGUGAGAGAGUACAGAUCCACAAGCAAGGGGACAACUUUCAGUACUUCAGCCGGUCCUUGAAACCAGUCCUGCCUCACAAGGUGACCCACAUCAAGGACUGGAUCCCAAAGGCCUGUCCCCAUGGCAACAGUCUCAUUCUGGACAGUGAGAUCUUGAUGGUUGACAAAGAUGGUAAGAUCCUGCCGUUUGGAACCCUUGGUGUCCACAAGAAAUCGGCCUUCCAGGAUGCCAACGUUUGUCUCUUUGUCUUUGAUUGUCUUCACUUCAACGGAGAAGACCUUAUGGACAAGCCUCUCAAGACAAGGAGAAAGAUCCUUGAGGAGAACCUAGACGAGAUCCCCAACCGCAUCAUGCUGUCCGAGUCCAAGUUUGUCACCAAGACCCGGCAGCUCUCUGGCCUCAUCGCGGACGUCAUCCGGGAAGGUCUUGAGGGUCUGGUCCUCAAGGAUGUCCAGAGCUUGUACGAGCCGGGCAAACGCCACUGGCUCAAGGUCAAGAAGGACUACCUCAAGGAAGGUUCCAUGGCGGACUCUGCCGAUCUCCUGGUGCUGGGAGCGUUCUACGGCACUGGGACCAAAGGUGGCAUGAUGUCAGUCUUCUUGAUGGGUGUGUACGACCCGCACUCUGACUCGUUCCGCACCGUCACCAAGUGUGGCAACGGUCUGGAUGAUAAUACGAUGGAAAAGGUCAACCGUGAUCUGGACAUGGUCAAGAUUAGUAAGGACAGUAGCAAGGUGCCGUCAUGGUUACGAGUCAAUAAGACCCUGGUGCCGGACUUUGUCAUCAGAGAGCCCAAGAAAGCGCCAGUGUGGGAGAUCAUUGGAGCAGAGUUCACUCAAUCAGAAACUCACACAGCAGGAGGCAUCUCCAUCAGGUUUCCUAGAGUGACACGUAUCCGUGACGAUAAAGACUUUGAGACGGCAACUGAUCUACCGAGAUUGAGGACACUAUUCAAGAAAUCCAAGGAGAGUACUGAUGUGAGUGCAAUACUAGGUGUCCAAUCCUCCCCGUCCAAGGUGUCUGCAAAGAGGAAGAAGGACGACGAUGAUGACGACGAUGACGAGGAGGAGAUCACAGGAUUCAGCUUUGGGAAGGGUGGAGGAACAGGAGCUAGCACCUCAGCCAAAGGGGCCAGCCCAGCCAAGAAGGCAGCGGAGAGUCCGGCCAAGAAAGUGAAGAAUGAGAGGAACGGCAACAACAGCAAUUCACCAAGCCCAAGAAAGGAGAAGACAAUGUGCAAGUAUGGACCUGAUUGCUACCAGAAGAGUAAAGAUCAUGUGGAGAAAUUCAGACACACCGGCUCACCCUCAAAACAAAGUCCAUCUAAGGGUUUACCCAACGUGUUCACAGGCAUGGUCAUGUACAUCCCUGAGGGAGUGAAAGAUUACGAGAAGCUGCAGCGAUUUGUGAUUGCCUACGAUGGAGAUGUCAUCGACGAAGCAUCCAAAUCCCAAGCCACCCACAUCGUAGGUGAUGCAAAAACAUCCGACAAGAAUGAUAGCAGUUCUUCAGCUGAGAAUGUGACUUCAGACUGGCUGUGGCAGUGUAUCAGGAUGAAGAAACUAGUACCAGUCUAAGUUAGAAUGGUAACUCACAUUGGUUAUGGUGUGCUUUGCUGGACAAGAACCCAAGACUGGUGACCAAAUCUUGAAUGUUGAAGGCUGAUACCUAUCUACAGAGCUGUUGGUCAUUGUAUGAUACUUGCCAGUCUUAUGCAAGAGCCAGUGACUGGUGACCAACAUUUAGAUGUAAUAGGCAUGAUAAAUGCUUAUAGCCAGUGAUUAAUAAAUAAUGAUUACCAGUCUGGGUCAAGCGUCAUAAAAUGAUGACCAAACUUUGAACGUUGGAGACUGAUAUAGAUUGCCAU